AUGCUAGCUUCACUUGAUGUGCGUGUACGAUUUGGCAGCGGUGUUGACGUUGUUUCUGACGCAUCCAUUACGGAUAAGCCCGUUUUUGCAACAGCGGCACCACAGCUUCCGGGCUGCGAAUCAACCGUUUCUGAAAUAUUUCUGCUUCAUUCUGUUCUUUUUUCCUCUCAACUUUAUCCAUUAGCAACAACAAAAAUGGAUCAGUUCAUUCACUGUUAUCAGAUGAAAGUGAUUUCAAAAAGUCAUAUUUUGCCGCUUUCAAAUAAGUGCGAUAAUUGGAUCGAUGCCAAACCAAGAAAUAUUGCAGUCAGUUGUUUUCACUUAUACUUUUUUGGUGGUGGUGGUGGUGGUGGCAGCAAUGAGGUGGUAUAUUUGUCGAUAGAAGUGUAG